AUGAGCCGGCUCGCGGCGUUUGCUGCCAUCUUUUACAUCUUGUUCAUUGAUGUCACGGGGUCGUUUGCGACCAAAGACAGCAUCAAGGGAGCGUCGGAGGAGAUGUUCAACCCGAGCAACCGCUACUCGCAGUCGUACAUGCUCACGUUUGUCCAGGCGCGCGUCACAAACGCUCCGCUACCAAUGAACGCAACGACGACGCUACCGCCACAAGGAUCUGCGAGUCUUCUCUACUUGGACGCAGCCGAUCCAAGCAACCACUCGACCCUCGGCUUCAACCGCGAUGGAUGUCUCGAGCCAUUGAGCAGUGACCACAUUUACACGCCAACGUACGUCGCCAAGGUACUCCCGCUCCUUCUCGAUCAUCAGAGCUGGCAUUCGAUCAACCUCACGACCGACUGGGUGCUCGUCGACUGCAGCUACCAGGGCCGCACACUUGGUGAUACGACCGCCUUCAAAAUUCAUGUUCUGGACCGCCAGUUCACGCGGCUCACAUCCAUCUUCCUCCAAACGAUGAUGCUCGAGCGCCCUGUGAAGCAAUGGCGCGUGGCGUGCGGCACCGCGACCAUCUCAACGAUGGACUUGUCGGCCGUGAGUUGGCAAGACGGCGCGCUCACCUCGUCGCAGGUGGCCACGUACGACGUCAUGGUCGGCACGGAGUUUCCAUACGUUCACUACCCAUUCGACUAUGUGCGGCUGCUCAACCCCGCGAGCCGGUCGGGGGCGUGGGAGGCCGUGAUCAUUGCAACUGGUGAGCCUGUGACGAUCUCGGGUAGCACGGGCACAUACCGGUACUCGCCGCGCACCCAAGGCCGGUACAGCUACUUUGUGUGGCAGCUCCCAGCCAACCCGAUAUCCUAUCUGAGCACUAUUCAGUGGGUUAAUGUUGUCUACUCAGUCGAUUCGUGGGCCUGGGUUCGCUAUAUCGUCGAUAUGGGCAUCAGCCUCAUCCUCACCACCGAUACGGUCGUUGGGGUCAUCGCGUCGCUCAACAUCUACCGCACCCAGCACAUUUUGUGGGUUCCCGACGUCUACCCUGGCAUCCAGGCCGAGAUUAUGAUUCGGAGCUUACUGCUUCUCGCGAUCUGCGUCACGACCGACUGGUGGCACCUCUUUGAGUACUGCAUGGUCAAGUGCACGGCGCGUCAGUCAUGGGGCUACAGCGAGCUUGUCUUGGAGGCUGUCGUGCGCUCAGACCUCCAAGUCCUUUAUCUCGCUCUCUUCCAGCUGCUCGCGAGUCUUCUGGGCCUCCGCCUUCACGUUGCUCUCCUUUUGACCAUCUACUUUGGCUGCUACACGUUCUGCGAUGCAAUCAUCGCCGCGUGGCCUCUGCAAGCCGAGGCGGCGUCCGCCUGGCUCUACCACAACUACCUCCUCAACACCCUUGUGGCCAACGGCGGCAUGGACAUGUGGGCGUACCAUGAGAACUACGAGACCUCGUGGGAUGUCAUGGCCGCUCAACUCGUCUGGUAUCUUCUGGCACUCGCGAUUGCCGCUGCGUACGUCCUACUCUUGUCCGUCCAUGCUUGGUGCACGCGCCGCCGCAGAACCAACGUUGUCUCUGACAGCAGCUCCAUCGUCGGUCUGUCGUCAAUAUCUGGACCGGCAACUCAGCACAUUUCCUUCAUCUUCCUCAAGAGUAGUUUCAAAGCUGCCUUUGACGCAAACCGCGUCUUCAUGUUCAGUGCCAAAGCGACAGAAGCGACGAUCUUCGAGCGUCACGUGCGGCGGAACCAAAUGAUAACCUCCGGGCUCGUCGCACCGCUGACCGAUCACGUCAUCAUCGACGGCGUCGUCCACGCGUCGCACUCGCUCGUGUGGCUGCUGGGCUUUGUGCUCCUCGCCGACGACGUCCUCUUGACCAUUGAGGACGUGCCAAAGCUCUGGAUCAACGCGCUGCUGGCCCGCGAUGUCUUUGCAGUCUAUGGCUACAAGCUCAAUGAGACGAAAGACUCGAUAGCGCCGCUGGCCGAGCGCAUCUCAGCGCGCAGCUACGGCCUUGGAGACUUGAUCGCGCUCUCGCUCAAGCCGCUGCGAAAACACAAUACGUCGCUCUUGCGCUCCAAGACGUCCGUGUGUCUCCAGCUGCCCAAGGCGUCCAAAGCGCAGCUCAAGCAGCUCCAGGCGAUCCUCGAGGCCAACGACGUCGCUGUGGACAUUGGCUCGUACAAGGACGCACCGCCGGGCCUCCGCAUCUGA